CCCCACGCUAACGCGGGCCAGCUCCUCCAACUUCAUAUACUCGGCCUGUGUCCGACGCCCUUCACCCUCUCAUCCCCCUCCUUUUCACCUUCCAUCAUGAAACCCCAAACACCGCUCGCAUUAGUUACGUUGAGCAUCGCUUCUGCUACAGGUAAGGCGUCGGCCCAGUUCGUCGAGAGGCGGCACGCUUCAAGUUCGCAUUCGCGACGAGACCGUGUCUCCCACGCUCCCACUCCUCUUGCCAUGCGCGACGGCCUCGUCCACCACGUUGCUAACGACCUCGUCGACUCAGGUUCAGAUUCGAGCUCGAGUAGCAAGUCGCCCAUCGCCAAGACGCCAUCUGCCCACCGAGCCGCGUCGUCCUCUUCCGCCAAGGCGCCCGCCUCCUCACCAUCCUCCAAGUCAACCACCGCGUCUAAGGAAUCUACCGAAGCGAAGAGCUCAGAUUCCUCUUCUGACUCCAGCUUCAAACCUGUCAAAGGCAUCGUAUCAGGCUUGGGAGAGGUCGCCAAUGGCACCGCAAAGGUUGUACACGGCCUUGGCAAAGCCGUCGAGAGCGUGCCCGUCGUGGGACCGGUCGUCGCGAGCCUUCCGGUCCUUAAACCUGUUCUGACUAGCGGUGAUCACUCCUCUGGCGGUGGUGGCGGCGGAAAUGGGGGCGGUGACAAUGGCGGAGGAGGAAAUGGCGGUGGCAACGGAGGCAACAGCGGAAACGGGGGUAAUGGUGGCGCUGGAGGCCCCAAUCCACCGGGCAGCAAUGGCCAGGGCAACAAUGGCACGUAUUCAGGGCAGAGGCCUCCGUUCAACCCUUCACUCAGCUCCCCGGGAAUCGCCAACCCCAAGGCCAUCGGCAUCGCCACGGGUACCGCCGGUGCCGGCGGGACGAUUGGCACUGUUGGCGCAAGCACAGGAGCCAACGGCGCCGCCCUCGAUGGUGGUGCUGCGACUGACGCUGGCGCCUCUAGCCAGAGUGGAGACGGGACAACAGGCACCACCCCUGCGUUCGGAUCAACAGGUUCUGGAAGCGUCGGCGACUCCGGUAGUUUGCCAGGCUCCAGCAGCAGCGGCGCCAAUGGGUCAUCAUCCGGCUCCAACUCUGCCAAGAUCGCCGCGCCCAUCGCAGUCAUCCUCGUUGUCCUCAUCGCCGCCAUCGUCUUCCUCAUCGUCCGCAGGCGCCGAAGACACAAGGCUGCCGUCGCUGCCUCUGCCGGCACGCUCGGCGCCACUGGCCGUGCGCGCACGUUCAAUAGGAACUACAAGCGCGGCAUGACCUUUGGCGCAGGACUCGUCGGAGCCGGCAAGUACCAGGAUCGCAUCGACGGUGAUCGUGUUUCGCGUUCGUCCGAGGACUCGUGGGUUCCUGGUCAAUUGCAGAGUCGGCAGUCGAACAUGCAGUUUAACGGCCCGGCGUACCACGACUUCAUGACGGAGGUGCCGCAUUCGCCCAUCACGCCUGUCGCACCGGCCGCAGCUGUGUACCCCUUCAGCUCAUUUGGCAACGCCAACAUUAACCCAUUCUCUGACGGGGGACAUUCAAACGAGGCCGCAUCGUCCACCCACACUUUCACCACUACCACGGCGCCGACAUUGUCAGAAGCACCUUUGUCACACAACCAUGAGCAGAACCCUAGCCGCGUGAGCGUCGUUUCGGCCUCCGGCAUGUCGCUUGGCGGCCUCUCCUCGGCAAUCUCCCACGGUCACGGCUAUGUCACGGCGUCCGAGCAGAGCCACCACACCAAUAGUGUGCUGGUGGACGACGACGCUGCCUCAAUCGACUUUAGCAUGAUCCACACGCGUUACCUCGCCUUGGAUACCUUGCAGCUCGCGUCAGCUGGCAACACUAAUAACCUGGACCGCCUUACCGUCGCUGCGCACGAAGGCCGGCACGCGCACACCCCGAACCUCGGGGAUCCCUCGCAGGUGUUGUACGUCGGCAACGGCAGCGAGAUGCAGCACGGUCAGCGCGGAUACAGGAGCAGCCUCGCGGUGCGGAACAGCAACAACCCGUUCGAUGACGGCUAUGAGAUCUCGCCAUCCAUUCACGUUUCGUCGCAUGAUCACCACUCGAUGGAGGCUGACCAGGAGGACAAUGCUAGCUACUCAGUCCACUCGCACCGCCCGAGCAGCUGCAGCCACUAGGCGCUGCUGUGCGCGCCAACCAACGGACCGGGCCUUUCACUUUCGGGAUUGACUUGUCGCAACUUCCUCGGGUAUCACACGCGCUGUCUCAACACAAAUGUUCCGGCUUGCUGCUUUCAUUUACAUCACCAUCAACAUUAUCAUCGGCAUACGUCAUGUGUACCCAGCGCAUGAUCGCGUUUCGGAUACACAGCACACGCUCAUUUCGAAUCUAACUUCGGUUUCUGCAACCCCACCACUCCAACUAGCGUCUCUCCUUUUAGGGGAAGCUCGGUCACGGGCCACACCUACACUGUGCAAUCACCUGCGGUGUACAUUAGCAAAAGAUACAGCGGGCAACCGCUCU